CUCAGUAGCAUUGGAACAGGAUCCUAGACGGCGUUUCCGCCCUCCUUCAAGUGCCCUUACCGAAUGUCACAUGACUUGUCCAAGAUGGCUGCGCCCAUGUUGUUCCAGCACAGCAGAGGCUUCGUCUCAUUAUGCUACACCAGCCUCCGGUAUAGGAGCAAAUCAACUUUCCCCACUCCAGGUCCCGUGAGAAGCAAGUUUCUCCAGUACCUCUGCGACCGCUUCUAUGACAUCGAAACCAUUGUAGACUUUGGCAAGAGGCUAAGGCUAUGGAACGCACAAAGGAAAAACAGAUACAACAUCCAGGCGAAGAACCAUUUCGGGGAAAAUAUCGCAGCUGCUGUCUUUGUCCUGGCUUUGAAGGGAAGCAUUAGGCUCCGGGGCAAAACGGAAUGGGAGGACCAGAAGGGCGGCUUGGUUUUCCUACAAGAUAAAGACACUUGCUUGGAAGGAGCCAACCUCAGCGGCUCCAUCAUCAACUAUGACGGCCUGGAUAACCUGGUCAACCAAAGAAACCUGAAGCAGCUGGACCUCAGCAGGUGCCCCUACAUCGACGACUGGAGUCUGAGUCGCCUUCACAACUUUGCAGACACCCUGCAGGAGCUUUCGCUGGCUGGGUGCCCGCAGGUCACGGAGAGGGGGCUGGCCUGCCUCCACCAGCUCGAGAAUCUCAGGUUCUUGGAUGUCUCCGACCUGCCCUCCGUCCGCCACAAAGAACUGGUUCGGAUCCUGCUGGAGGAGAUGCUGCCUCAGUGUCACAUUGUGGGGAUGAACUAUCCCGCGGGGGUGGACCUGCCCUUGGACUCUAACAAACAGGGAGGCGAAAUAGAGGAGGAGCACCAGGGCGGUGCUGGAAUCCAGAAAAAGAGAGAAGUCUCCAUUUGAAU